AAAUAAAAAAAACACAAAAGUAAAGAAAAAGAAAAAAAAGUCAGUAGGCCACAAAGUCCUUCAGUUCAGGAGGAAGAAGAAGACGACUCUCCUCUUCUCUCUUCUCUUCUUCGUCUCCGAAAAAUCUCCAAGGCAAGAAGAAGAAGGAUGAUGAAUUGAAAUCCCUAAAUUUUUGUACUAAACCCUUUUCAGAAAAAAAAAUCACUACUCACCAGCACCAAUAUCUAACCGUUGAUUUUUGCAGAUGGGUAAAAACGGACGGCUCAGAUGGAACCCUUUCAGCCACAGAUCGUCUUCUUCGUCAUCAUCAUCUUCCCGACAAGAACCUCAACAACAUCAACCUCCUGUCGAAUUCCUCUGUCCGAUUUCAAAAUCAAUAAUGUCUGACCCAGUUGUUGUCUCAUCCGGUCAAACCUUUGAACGUCUCUGUGUUCAAGUCUGUCGCGACCUAAACUUUAUCCCCAAACUCAACGGCAACGGCAACGGCAACGACGACGACGACGACUCUCUACCCGAUUUCUCCAACAUCAUCCCUAACCUAAACAUGAAAUCAACAAUCGAUACUUGGUGCGACACCGUUGGCCUCUCACGCCCACAGCCACCUGAUUACUCCAUCGUCGAGCGUAACCUACGGCAACAGAUGCCUCCACGGGAAGUUGAGAUUCGUGUCUCCGAGCAAGAGCUUCUCAGAGCUGUAGCUCACCGAGCUCCGAUGAUAACUCACCACGCUGAUUCCGAACUCAUGGGAAGGAGAGACUUCAACAACUCAACGAGCUCUUCUGAUGAAUCUGUAAUCGUCGCUCAGAGCCCACACACUCCUCUUCCUUUAACGACCCGACCCGCUUGCUUCUCUCCGUCUCCAUCAUCUUCUUCUUCCUUCGCUGAAAUCGAAACCCUAACACACAAUCCAGAAGAGGACGAGGUGAUUUACGACAAGCUUAACAGUAGUAAUAUUUUUGAUCAAGAACAAGGUUUGAUUAUGAUGAGGAAGAUGACUCGUACUCAAGAUGAAGCUAGGGUUUCACUCUGUUCUCCUCGGAUCCUUUCUUUACUGAAGAAUAUGAUUGUUUCAAGAUACUCACUAGUGCAGACGAACUCGUUAGCUUCGCUUGUGAAUCUAUCUUUGGACAAGAAGAACAAAUUGACCAUUGUUCGGUUAGGUUUUGUUCCCAUUUUGAUUGAUGUUCUGAAAUCAGGAUCCAGAGAAGCUCAAGAACAUGCCGCUGGAACAAUCUUUGGUCUCUCUCUUGAAGAUGAUAACAAAAUGCCUAUCGGGGUUUUAGGAGCGCUUCAGCCAUUGCUUCACGCGUUACGAGCUGCUGAUAGUGAUAGGACGAGGCAUGAUUCGGCUCUUGCGCUUUACCAUUUGUCCUUGAACCAGACGAAUCGGUUGAAGCUCGUUAGGCUUGGAGCUGUUCCUGCGCUUUUCUCAAUGGUUAGGUCUGGUGAAUCAGCGAGCCGAGCGUUGUUGGUGAUUUGUAAUUUGGCUUGUUGUAGCGAAGGACGAUCGGCGAUGCUUGAUGCGAAUGCGGUUGCGAUUCUUGUAGGGAUGCUACGGGAGGAGAGGACGGAGGAGGCUACGGGGACUGCUCGUUCUUCUUCUUCGGCACGUGAGAAUUGUGUGGCUGCAUUGUUCGCUUUAAGCCAUGAGAGUCUUCGAUUCAAGGGACUAGCGAAGGAGGCAAGAGCUGUGGAUGUUUUGAAGGUAGUGGAAGAGAGAGGAACAGAGAGAGCUAGAGAGAAAGCGAAAAAGAUCCUUCAGCUGAUGAGAGAGAGGGUGCCGGAGGAUGAGGAAGACGACGGCGAAGUAUCAGUUGAUUGGAACCGAGUUAUCGACUCUAAUGGUUCGAUUCGGUCUAGGUUCCGAGUUGGUGGUAGCAACAGAAUGGUUACUCAGAACUCAUCUGGCUUCUAAGUGGCAUUUUCAUUUGUUGUUUGUAUAGACAUUGAAAAAAUGUUUAUUAUUGAAAUUUUUUGUAACUUUGACUUGGAAAAAAUAAUUGAAAAGAACGUGACUGAUGUAAAUAUUUUUGUAUAAAAUUCUCAAGAUUAUGAAUCCAUUUUGAAACUAUGCAUACAACAAAUAUAAAUAUGUAA